CCGGCGGGGGGGUUGGGGGAGCAAAAGACCCGCGGCCUCAGCCCCUCCAAAGAACCGGGAGAUGACGGGGAAAGCGGGGGAAGCGCUGAGCAAGCCCAAAUCUGAGACAGUGGCCAAGAGUACCUCGGGGGGCGCCCCGGCCAGGUGCACAGGUUUCGGCAUCCAGGAGAUCCUAGGCUUGAACAAGGAGCCUCCUAGCUCCCACCCGCGGGCUGCCCUCGACGGCCUGGCCCCGGGGCACUUGCUGGCUGCGCGCUCCGUGCUCAGUCCGGCAGGAGUGGGCAGCAUGGGGCUGCUGGGGCCCGGGGGACUUCCCGGCUUCUACGCACAGCCCACCUUCCUGGAAGUGCUGUCCGAUCCGCAGAGCGUCCACUUGCAGCCGCUAGGCAGAGCGUCGGGGCCGCUGGACACCAGCCAGACGGCCAGCUCGGAUUCCGAAGAUGUUUCCUCCAGUGACCGAAAAAUGUCCAAAUCGGCUUUAAACCAGACCAAGAAACGCAAGAAGCGGCGACACAGGACAAUCUUUACUUCCUAUCAGCUAGAGGAGCUGGAGAAGGCGUUCAAUGAAGCCCACUACCCCGAUGUCUAUGCCCGGGAGAUGCUGGCCAUGAAAACGGAACUGCCAGAAGACAGAAUACAGGUUUGGUUCCAGAACCGCAGAGCCAAGUGGAGGAAGAGAGAAAAGUGCUGGGGCAGGAGCAGCGUCAUGGCUGAGUAUGGCCUCUACGGGGCCAUGGUCCGGCACUCCAUCCCCCUGCCUGAGUCCAUCCUCAAGUCUGCCAAGGACGGCAUCAUGGACUCCUGUGCCCCGUGGCUACUGGGGAUGCACAAAAAGUCGCUGGAGGCAGCAGCUGAGUCGGGAAGGAAGCCUGAGGUGGAACGGCAGACCCUGCCCAAGCUCGACAAGAUGGAGCAGGAGGACAGGGCUCCAGAUGCCCAGGCAGCCAUCUCCCAGGAGGAACUGAGGGAGAACAGCAUUGCGGCCCUCAGAGCCAAAGCUCAGGAGCACAGCACCAAGGUUCUGGGGACUGUGUCAGGGCCGGACAGCCUGGCCAGGAACGCUGAGAAGCCAGCAGAGGAGGAAGCCAUGGAUGAAGACAGGCCAUCAGAGAAGCUCAGCCCACCACAGCUGGAGGACAUGGCUUAGGUCAAGAAGAGCUGGCUCUGGAACCCGGAGACUCUACUCCUCUCAAGGCCUGUGGUGCAGGGAAUUCUCUCUGAGGCGAGGCGAGGCCAGGCCUGGCUUCUAUCUCCUCCCUACACCACAGACCCUUGAUUACCCCAGCAGCUCUAGGCACAGGCCAGUUCUAGCCGUAGUUUUUCGCUAUGCUGAGACAUCCCGGACCUACUCCUGACUUUAAAACUUCCUCUUCCUCAUCCUAACAGCCUGCCUCUGGAGCCUUCUUGCCACCCCAGCGUCAAGGUCCUACCACUCCAUCCCUUGGUGACGCUUGGUUUUCCAAGCCUACCCCUUACUCUCUGCUGUCUAGUCUGCUUUUACAGCUUGUGGACUCCACCCACCCACCCCUAAAGCCUGUCGCUGUGAGCCCACAGCCUGGCACAGCUGUGACUUGGACCUGCACCGGCUCAGGUGUCCUGGGCACCCCAGCACUCAGCAGGUCCCUCCCUCUCCAUAGGUUCCUUCUAGCAGGCCUGGACCUUGGCUCCUGCUGUGUGAAUAUACCGCUCCGCUGGUCCACGCAACCUCUGCAUCUUCCACCCUACCCACCAAAGGCUAGAACCAAGACUAAACAGCAAGUCUCAGACUGGUCCCCCCCCCCUCC